AUGUGGAACCAGUUGUCGCAAUGCACUGUUCAUUCAUGUUUACCAAGACUGGGGAGAUCAUCUGUAGUUCUGCGCUGUCUCCGGUGCACUCACACUAUCUGGUAUCCGGAUGCUGAGUUUCAGCGACAGAUAAAGACAAGUGGGAUGUUUGGAGCGUUCUGGUAUCCAAAAAUAGGCAGCAAACGUCUUUCGGAUGCAUUAGGAAAUACUAAACUAGAGAAAAUGUUACAAGAGUCUCCAGCUCUUUCUCCUGGUUACCAUGGAAAGUUUCGGGAGAAGCAAUUGGAAAACAUGAUUUUAAAUUUUGGUCCUCAACACCCUGCAGCUCAUGGAGUGCUUCGUUUGGUCCUGAAAUUGGAGGGUGAAGUGGUAAUUAAAGCAAUGCCUCAUAUCGGUCUUCUUCACAGAGGGACAGAAAAGCUAAUCGAGCAUAAAACUUACUCACAAGCUGCACCUUAUUUUGAUCGCUUGGAUUAUGUCUCGAUGAUGUGCAAUGAAGGCGCUUAUUCGCUAGCCGUAGAAAAGUUACUGGGAAUUGAUGUACCUCUUCGUGCAAAGUAUAUAAGAACUCUUAUGUAUGAAUUGACACGUUUGGCUAAUCAUAUUAUGGGUAUUACGACCCAUGCGCUUGAUGUGGGUGCAAUGACACCUCUUUUUUGGUUGUUUGAAGAGCGUGAGAAAAUCUUUGAGUUCAGUGAAAGAGUCUCUGGUGCAAGAAUGCACUCUAAUUAUAUUAGGCCAGGUGGCGUUGCCUGGGAUAUCCCGUUGGGCUGGAUGGAUGACCUGUACGACUUCAUUUGCAAAAUCCCACAGCGGAUCGACGAAUUAGAGGAUGUGCUUACGGAAAAUCGCAUUUGGAAGGCACGCACAAUAGAUAUUGGCAUCGUAAGCGCUGAAGAUGCUUUAAAUUGGGGCUUUACGGGAGUAAUGUUACGAGGCUCUGGCGUGAAGUGGGAUAUUAGGAAAUCACAACCUUAUGAUGCUUAUGAAGAAGUCGAUUUUGACGUACCGAUUGGAACUAAAGGUGACUGUUAUGACAGUUCUUUACAUAUAUUUAUGAUUCAUCAUCUUUUUAUGUACCUUUGUCGACUUGAGGAGAUGCGCCAAAGUUUACGGAUCAUACAUCAGUGCCUGAAUAAGAUGCCGCCAGGCGAUGUGAAGCUGGACGACUGUAAGAUAGUUCCACCUCGACGUUAUGCAAUGAAGAACGACAUGGAAUCUCUGAUCCAUCACUUUAAGUUUUUUGCACAAGGAUUCCAAGUGCCACCAGGCAUCGUUUAUUUACCUUUUGAAGCUCCCAAAGGAGAAUUGGGAGUUUAUUUGGUAUCAGAUGGAACCUCAAAACCGUACAGAUGCUACAUCCGUUCACCAGGAUUUGCUCAUCUUUCCGGAAUACAUGACAUCGCAUAUAUGUCUCUGAUUGCUGACGUCGUUGCCAUUAUUGGUACAUUGGAUCUUGUCUUUGGAGAGAUUGAUCGUUGA